UUUCCAAUAAUUUUGUUUUCUUCUACUCAUCUAUAAAACCCUUAAACCCUACUUGUUUCCGCCACUCUUUACUCAUUUCAUAUUGCUUGUUAUAGCUAAAAACAUGGGAAGCGAUACAGAAGCAGAGAAGUCGAUCCAAAAGGAGAAGAAGAAGGUCAUCUCUCUCGCUCCCAUAGCUAAACCUCUCGCCGGAAAGAAGCUCCAGAAGAGGACUUUCAAACUCAUUCAAAAAGCUGCUGGUAAGAAAUGCUUGAAGAGAGGCGUGAAGGAAGUGGUGAAAAGCAUCAGACGUGGCCAGAAAGGAAUAUGUGUUAUAGCUGGAAACAUUUCUCCCAUUGAUGUUAUCACCCAUGUUCCAAUCUUGUGUGAGGAAGCUGGCAUUCCUUACGUCUACGUACCAUCUAAAGAAGAUCUUGCCCAAGCCGGUGCCACUAAACGACCAACUUGCUGUGUUUUGGUCAUGCUUAAACCGGCUAAAGGAGAGCUAAGUGCAGAAGAUCUCCAAAAGUUGAAGUCAGACUACGAACAAGUCGCUGACGAUGUUAAAGAGCUUUCAACUUCUGUAAUUUGAUUGAUUAGGAACUAGUAUCAAAGAACAUGUGUUUGUGUUUGUGUCUGUGGUUUUGUUGCUUAAUGAAUAUGAUGAGAUAUUAAAGCCUGGGAUAAUAAUUCUAUAUUCUAGUCGCCA